UGCUAGGUCCUAUCAUUUGGACUGAGGUUCAUGACACUGUGGUCAUUACACUUAAAAACAUGGCUUCUCAUCCUGUCAGUCUUCAUGCUAUUGGUGUUUCCUACUGGAAAGCUUCUGAGGGCAGUCUGUCCAAAGAAAGAACACAGAUGUUGUACCAAUUUGUACUACUUUUUGCUGUAUUUGAUGAAGGGAAGAGCUGGCACUCAGAAACUAACAAUUCUUAUACACAGUCUAUGGAUUCUGCAUCUGCUGGAGCCUGGCCUAAAAUGCAUACAGUCAAUGGCUAUGUAAACAGGUCUCUGCCAGGUCUGAUUGGAUGCCACAGGAAAUCAGUCUAUUGGCACGUGAUUGGAAUGGGCACCACUCCUGAAAUACACUCAAUAUUUCUUGAAGGUCAUACAUUUUUUGUGAGGAACCAUCGUCAAGCUUCCUUGGAGAUAUCACCAAUUACUUUCCUUACUGCUCAAACACUCUUGAUAGAUCUUGGGCGCUUCCUGCUAUUUUGUCAUAUCUCUUCCCAUAAACAUGAUGGCAUGGAAGCUUAUGUCAAAGUAGAUAGCUGCCCUGAGGAACCCCAAUGGCAAAAGAAAAAUAAUGAAGAAAUGGAAGAUUAUGAUGAUCUUGAUUCAGAAAUGGACAUGUUCACAUUGGAUUAUGACAGCUCUCCUUUUAUCCAAAUUCGCUCGGUUGCUAAAAAGUACCCUAAAACUUGGAUACAUUAUAUUUCUGCUGAGGAGGAAGACUGGGAUUAUGCUCCUUCAGUUCUCACCUUGGAUAAUGGAAGUUAUAAAAGCCAGUAUCUGAGCAAUGGUCCUCAUCGGAUUGGUAGGAAAUAUAAAAAAGUCAGAUUUAUAGCAUACACAGAUGAAACCUUUAAGACUCGUGAAACCAUCCAGCAUGAAUCAGGACUCUUGGGACCUUUACUUUAUGGAGAAGUUGGAGAUACACUGUUGAUUAUAUUUAAGAAUCAAGCAAGCCGACCAUAUAAUAUUUACCCUCAUGGAAUCACUGAUGUCAGCCCUCUACAUGCAAGGAGAUUGCCAAGAGGUAUAAAGCAUUUGAAGGAUUUGCCAAUUCAUCCAGGAGAGAUAUUCAAGUACAAAUGGACAGUUACAGUAGAAGAUGGACCAACUAAAUCAGAUCCACGGUGCCUGACCCGCUAUUAUUCAAGUUUCAUUAACCCUGAGAGAGAUCUAGCUUCAGGACUGAUUGGCCCUCUUCUCAUCUGCUACAAAGAAUCUGUAGAUCAAAGGGGAAACCAGAUGAUGUCAGACAAGAGAAAUGUCAUCCUGUUUUCUCUAUUUGAUGAGAACCAAAGCUGGUACAUCACAGAGAACAUGCAACGCUUCCUCCCCAAUGCAGCUGAUACACAGCCCCAGGACCCUGGGUUCCAGGCCUCUAAUAUCAUGCACAGCAUCAAUGGCUAUGUUUUUGAUAGCUUGGAGUUGACAGUUUGUUUGCAUGAGGUAGCCUACUGGUACAUUCUCAGUGUUGGAGCACAGACAGACUUCUUAUCUAUCUUCUUCUCUGGAUAUACUUUCAAACACAAAAUGGUCUACGAAGAUACACUUACCCUGUUCCCAUUCUCGGGAGAAACUGUCUUUAUGUCAAUGGAAAACCCAGGUCUAUGGGUCUUGGGGUGUCAUAAUUCAGACUUUCGGAAGAGAGGUAUGACAGCAUUGCUGAAAGUUUCUAGUUGUGACAAGAGUACUAGUGAUUAUUAUGAAGAAAUAUAUGAAGAUAUUCCAACACAGUUGGUGAAUGACAACAAUGUCAUUGAUCCCAGAAGCUUCUUCCAGAAUUCAAAUCUUCCUAAUACUAGGAAAAAGAAAUUCAAAGACAUCAUAAUUCCAAAAAAUGAUAUGGAGAAGAUUGAGCCUCCAUUUGGAGAAAUAGCAGAAAUGCUUAAAGUACAAAGUGUCUCAUCUAGUGACAUUUUGAUGCUCUUGGGACAGAGUCAUCCUACUCCACAUGGCUUACUUUUAUCAGAUGGCCAAGAAGCCUAUUAUGAGGCUGUUCAUGAUGAUGAUUCACCUGAUGCAAUAGACAGAAAUGUAGGCCCAUUUAAAGUGGCCCAAAUCAGGCCAGAAUCCCACCACAGUGAGAAAAUUGUAUUUACUCCUCAGCCAGGCCUCCAGUUAAGAUCAAAUAAAAGUUUGGAGAUAACUAGAGAAGUAAAGUGGAAGAAACUUGAUUUGCAAGUUUCUGGUUUGCCAAGUAAUCUAAUGACCACAACAAUUCUGUCAGACAAUUUGACAGAAAAUUUUGAAAAGACAGGUUCUUCAGAAUUUCCAGAUAUGCCAAUUCACUUUAGUGCUAAAUUAAGAACUACUGCAUUUGGUAAAAAAGCGUAUCCCCUUGUUGGGUCUCAUGUACCUUUAAGGAUUAGUGAAGAAAAUAGUUAUUCCAACUUGUUGGAUUCAACUUUAAUGUAUAGUCAAAGUUCACCAGGAGAUAAUAUAUUAUCAGUGGAGAAUGAUAAAUUACUCAAAGAGAAGAGGUUUCAUGGAAUUGCUUUAUUGGCCAAAGAUAAUACUUUAUUUAAAGACAAUGUCUCCCUAAUGAAAACAAACAAGACAUGCAAUCAUUCAACAACUAAUGAAAAACCACACACUGACAUCCGAACAUCAAUUGAGAAUAGUACAGCAGACUUGCAAGAUGCCGUAUUAAAAAUCAAUGAUGAGAUUCAAGAACUAACAUCUUUGAUUCAUGAUGGAACACUUUUAGGCAAAAAUACUACAUAUCUGAGACUAAACCAUAUGCGAAAUACAUCUACCUCAGCAAAAAAUAAAGACAUUUUUCAUAAAAAAGAUGAAGAUUCUGUUCCACAAGGUGCAGAAAAUACAAUCAUGCCAUUUUCCAAGAUGCUGUUAUUGUCAGAAUAUGCAAAUUUGUUAAAAAAGACCAAUGGAAGUAACUCCUUGAACUCUGAGCAAGAACGUAGUCCAAAGCAAUUAGUAUAUUUAAUGUUUAAAAAGUAUGUGAAAAAUCAAACUUUCUUGUCAGAGAAAAAUAAAGUGAUAGUAGAACAAGAUGGAUUUACAAAGAACAUAGGACUUAAAGAGAUGGUUUUUCCAAGUAAUAUGAGCAUAUUUCUUACCAGUUUGGCUAAGAUACACAAAAAUGGUAGGCACAAUCAAGAAAAAAAUAUUCAGGAAGAGAUAGAAAAGGAAGCACCAAUUGAAGAGAAAGUAGUUUUGCCCCAGGUGCACAUAGCAACUGGUACUAAGAAUUUCUUGAAAGACAUGUUUUUACUAGGCACUAGGCAAAAUAUAAGUUUACAUGAAGAGACAUAUGUACCAAUACUUCAAAACAGCACAUCAAUAAACAACUCAACAAAUACAGUACAGAUUCACAUGGUACAUUUAGUUAAAAGAAGGAAGGAUAAGGAAACAAAUUUAGAAGGCUUGAUAAAUAAAACCAGAGAAAUGGUAAAAAACUAUCCAAGCCAGAAGGAUAUUAUUACUCAACGUAGUAAACGGGCUUUGGGACAAUUCAGACUGUCAACUCAGUGGCUUCAAACCAUAAACUAUUCGACACAGAGUAUCAUUAAACAGAUAGACCACAGCAAGGAAAGGAAAAAGUUCAUUAUUCAACCUCCCUUAUCAGAUUCUUCUAUAAUUAAAAGCACCACUCAGACAAAUAGUUAUGACUCACAUGUUGUAAAAACAUCAGCAUUUUCACCAACAGAUCUCAAAAGGAUUCCAUUCCAAGACAAUUUUUCUCAUGUUCAAGCAUCAUCCUACAUUUUUGACUAUAAGACAAAAAGUUCUAGAAUUCAAGAAAGCAAUCAUUUAUUAAAAGAAACCAAAAGGAAUAACCCUUCUUUAGCCAUUCUACCAUGUAAGAUAUUCAUAGAUCAAGCAAAAUUUUCCUCCCCAGGGAAAAGUAACACAAACUCAGAUACAUAUAAGAAACUUGAGAACAUUAUUUUCUUAAAACCAAUCUUGCCUGAAGAAGCUGGCAAAGUUGAAUUGCUUCAUCAAGUUUCCAUUCAAAAGGAAGAACUUUUACCUACAGAAACUAGCCAUGAAUCUCCCGGACACUUGAAUCUCAUGAAAGAGGUCUUUGUUCAGAAAACAUGGGAGCCUACUAAAUGGAAUAAAGCAAAGAGGCAUGGGAAAAGUAUAAAAGGCAAAACAGAGAGCUCUAAAAAGAGUCACUCUAAACUGCUAUAUCAUCAUGCUUGGGAUUAUCAUUAUGCUGCACAGAUACCAAAAGAUAAAUGGAAAUCCAAAGAGAAGUCACCAGAAAUUGUAUCUGUUAAGCAAGAGGACACCAUUUUGUCUCUGAGGCCGUAUGGAAGCAAUCAUUCAAUAGGGGCAAAUAAGCAAAUUUGGCCCCAAAGAGAAGCCACUUGGGUAAAGCAAGGUCAGACUCAAAGGACAUGCUCUCAAAACCUGCCAGUCUUGAAACGACAUCAAAGGGAGCUUAGUGCUUUUCAAUCAGAACAGGAAACAACUGACUAUGAUGAUGCCAUCACCGUUGAAACAAAUGAGGAUUUUGACAUUUAUGGUGAUGAUAUAAAGCAGGAUCCUCGCAGCUUUCAACAGAAAACAAGGCACUAUUUUAUUGCAGCUGUGGAACGGCUCUGGGACUAUGGGAUGAGUACAUCUCAUGCUCUAAAAAAUAGAGAUCAAAGUGGCAAUAUAGCUCAGUUCAAGAAAGUAGUUUUUCAGGAAUUUACUGAUGGAUCCUUUAGUCAGCCCUUAUACCGUGGAGAACUAAAUGAACAUCUGGGGUUGUUGGGGCCAUAUAUAAGAGCAGAAGUUGAAGACAACAUUAUGGUGACUUUCAAAAACCAGGCCUCCCGUCCCUACUCUUUCUAUUCUAGCCUCAUUUCUUAUGAGGAAGAUCAGAGAGGGCAAGAACCUAGAAGAAACUUUGUUAAGCCUAAUGAAACCAAAAUUUAUUUUUGGAAAGUACAACAUCAUAUGGCACCCACAGAAGAUGAGUUUGACUGCAAGGCCUGGGCUUAUUUCUCUGAUGUUGAUCUUGAAAGAGAUAUGCACUCAGGAUUAAUUGGACCCCUUCUGAUUUGCCACACGAACACACUGAAUCCUGCUCAUGGGAGACAAGUGACAGUACAGGAAUUUGCUCUGCUUUUCACUGUCUUUGAUGAGACCAAGAGCUGGUAUUUCCCUGAAAAUGUGGAAAGGAACUGCAAGACACCCUGCAAUAUCCAGAUCGAAGACCCCACUUUGAAAGAGAAUUAUCGUUUUCAUGCAAUCAAUGGUUAUGUGAUGGAUACCUUACCAGGCUUAGUAAUGGCUCAGUAUCAAAGGAUUCGAUGGUAUCUUCUCAGCAUGGGCAACAAUGAGAACAUCCAAUCUAUUCAUUUCAGUGGACAUGUUUUCACUGUACGGAAAAAAGAAGAGUACAAAAUGGCAGUGUACAACCUCUACCCAGGUGUUUUUGAGACACUGGAAAUGCUACCAUCCAGACCUGGAAUUUGGCGAGUAGAAUGCCUUAUUGGCGAGCACUUACAGGCUGGGAUGAGCACUCUUUUUCUGGUGUACAGCAAGCAGUGCCAGAUUCCUCUGGGAAUGGCUUCUGGAAGCAUCAGAGAUUUCCAGAUUACAGCUUCAGGACACUAUGGACAAUGGGCCCCAAACCUGGCAAGACUUCAUUAUUCUGGAUCAAUCAAUGCCUGGAGUACCAAGGAGCCCUUUUCUUGGAUCAAGGUAGAUCUGUUGACACCAAUGAUUAUUCAUGGCAUCAAGACUCAGGGUGCCCGUCAGAAAUUUUCCAGCCUUUAUAUCUCUCAGUUUAUCAUCAUGUAUAGCCUUGAUGGGAAGAAGUGGCUGAGUUAUCGAGGAAAUUCCACUGGAACCUUAAUGGUAUGUAAUUAG